UGUUCGACGUAUACUAACCGCACGGAAGCAGAAGCGAAUUAUUUUUGUGACGUAGAAAACUGCAGUUUUAAUGAAUUCCAAAGGAAAAUAUAUGAACAAAAUAUAUAAUUUAUUAAAUAUGUAAUGAAUAAGUAUUUAUUUGAUUUAUAAGUAUAUGACUUAAAUGUGCUACAGUUGUUUCAUAAUUAAAUUUCAUUAUCGAAAAGUGCUGAAGUAAAGUCAAGGAACAAGUUGCUUUGCUUUUUUCAUUACAACAAAAUCGCUAAUAGUAGCGGCGGCAACUACUGCGCUCAUGUACGCCAUUUAAAAUACACAAUUUAUUAGCAGAGCUGAAUUAUUUACACACCAAAAUGGAAACAGAAACACCAGAUGAGAGCUUAGACUCAAUACCACCUCCGGCAUAUGAAGCAAUUAUGGGUGGUAGUUCGUCUUCAACACCAACUGUAGAGUCUUCAACCCCGGUAUCUCUGUUAAAAGUCCCUAAAGCAGAAAACGAGGAGCGUGACGAAAAUGAGGAUACUAAAACAGAAAUAAAAUUAUUAUGCAAUAUUGUGGAAAAUAACACGGAUCUGGUGAAUUCCAAUAAAGAAAAUAGGGCUAAUAUAUUGGAAAAUGACAGCAUGAAUGUUCUUGAUGACAAUUCAACAGAAACGAAUGCUAAUGGUAUGAGCACUACAAGUGAAAAAAAUUCUUUAAAUGAUAAAAUGCAGUCUGCCAGUGAGGGAAAAACUUCAACUUCUUCACGUCGUUGUUGUACUCCUCUUUCGCGAGAAGCUUCGGCUUUAAAGAAAUCUGUUAAUGAGUCCAAAAUUCUUACUGAAUAUGGUAUAGAAACAGAUCAAAUAGAAUCGAAAAUGCGCAUUUUACGAAAAGCUGGACUUAGUUCUAAAGAAUCUGUUGAUAAAGACAUGGGUUUUCGCAAUACUGAAUUGAACAGUUCUAAAGUAAAGAAAAGCAGUAAGUUUGCGCCGCUUAAAGAUGAGACUAGUUCUUCGGAUAAAAAAUAUAAACAGCGUGGGCGUUCCCGUAGUAAGAGUAUGAAUCGUAACUCUGAUGAUUCGUUAAACAUAAAAAUAAGUAAGUGGACCUCUGAUGAUAAAAUAGGUAAACGUAUGAAUAUGAGAUCCCAAAAUUUAGAAUUUCAACAGAAGCAAAGAGAAUUUCUAAGUCGAGUUAGAGGUUUACAUAAUGACGAACAAUAUGCCACAGAUGUCGAUAUAGAGGCUGAUAAAUUUGACCCACAGAAAGAUGAGACUAGUUGUUCGGAUCAUAGUUUUAAACAUCGUGGACGUUCUCGUAGUAAAAGUAUGAGCCGUGCUGAUGAAUUAGUUAACACAAAAAUCAGUAAAUGGCCAUCUGAUGACAAAAUAGCCAAACGUGGAAAUAUGAGAUCGAAAAACUCGGAUUUUCAACAAAAGCAGCGAGAAUUUCUAAACCGAGUUAAAGGUACACAUAAUGACGAACAAUAUGUCACAGAUGAUGGAGAAAGUGGUGAUGACAAUGCAUCAUCCAUUUUAGAAAGUACUAUUAAUAUAAGUAAUAAUGAUAGUUUUCCAAUACAAUCGAAAGAAUUAACUGAUUUAGAUGCAGUAGCAAUAAGAGAUGGCGAUAUACGAGCACGUCUUAAUGCCAUGUGGAGUCCACCGCCAAAGGUUGGUUGGGAUAGUUUCUGUUGGAAAUGCCGUAAGUGUGAGAAUCUUAAACCAUGUUUCAAGUGUAUACGUUCGUUUCAUACAACUUGUGUAAAGUUAACGUCUGCAACUAAAGUAGAUAACACAUGGGUGUGUCCAGAAUGCACACAAAUAGAAAAUGUGUUAACUGGACCGAAAAAAUCACGCAGAAAUGAUUUGUCUUUGGAUUUAUUGAGUCAACUACUCUCUUUUGCACUAAAAACAAUGCAAAGUGCUCCUGUUACGCAUCAGUUAUCUUUCGAUGUCACCGCUUAUCCGAAAUUCAUUGUUAACCCAGUUACAUUUAAAUUCCUGGAGGAUAAAAUAGAAAAGAAAGCGUAUCGUUGUUCUGAUGAGUUUGUCGCAGACGCUAAAUGGAUGUUGCACAAUAUAAAUAUAUUAACAAAUGGUGUAAAUACGAAAGACACACUUAUUGUGAAACAAAUUUUAAAAAGUUGUAAACAAGAAUCAAACGAAAUUGAAUCAUGUUCCGAAUGUUAUUUAAAUGCCCAUACACGUUCUGAUUGGUUUGAAGAUGUAUGCAGUCAGCCACACAUUCUCCUAUGGGCAAAGUUAAAAGGAUUCCCUUACUGGCCAGCGAAAGCUAUGGGAUUGGGACAAAAUACACUUGUUAAUGUACGAUUUUUUGGAAAACAUGAUCGUGCUUUUGUGCCACUGAAGGAGUGUUAUUUGUAUUCGGAAUUAGAUCCAAAAAUGCAAACAGGUAAACGAACCGCUCGCGAACUUGCUGAUUGCAUUAAAGAGGUGGAAUUAUAUAUACAAAAUAUUAAACAAAAAAUUGGUGGCUUUAAUUAUGCCCCAUUUAAAACUCCUUAUGACCCAUCAAUUGAAUUAGAACAAUUAGAAACAAUGAUGCCUGGUGUGUCAGAAUUCAUAAAAAAACAAAAGAAUUGUAAUGCCAAACCAUCGUUGCAAUAUAAAAUUGUGAAAACCGCUGAUAAUCAUUUGUCAAUUAUUAAAAAAAAUAUUGCAAACGAAUCUGCUAUUGAAUCUGAUCAUUCCAAUUCAUCAAAUAAGGCAAAAAUGUUGGCACCAAAUUAUGAGGUAGUGUCGAAGUAUACGCAAGAAGAUUUAAAUUCAUCGAAACUGAAUACAGUUAUUUUGAAAAGGAAAUCAGCUUAUGAUGAUAAUAAAAAAAAUGAUGAAAGUGCACAAUCUUCUCCAAAAUUAUUGAAGGUAGUUGAGGCUUCAUCAAGUGUUGGGACUGGAAAACGUAAAUUUGCUAUAGAUGAUAGUAGUAACGAUAACGAAAGUGAAAAAACUAAAGCAAAACAAAGUAAACAUGAGCCUAAAAUUCCACCAAUAACCAUUAAAACAGUUGGUCCUAUCACAAUAGAAAAUAAAGAAGAUAGAAAUAUCAAUAUUGAAAAGGUACAACAACAAAAUGUGAUCGAGAAACUUGAAAAUAAACAAGGUGUGACCAUAAAAAAAAUUACUAUUAAUGAUGUGAGUACUAGUUUUUCUCUUCAUGCUAAUACUGUUAGUGAUAUAAACGAUAAUGUUACCGCUGAUAAUAAUCAAAGUCCUAAAGAUAUAAAUUUGAAUACAAAUUUAAUAGUCACAAAUUCUUCGAUACCCAAUUCUGAAGAAACUAUAAAGAGUAGUGAACAAUUGGCUGAAACUCAAGAUAAUAGCUCAGUAACAAUGAGUCCUGAUACAACAUUAACUAGUUCUAAUACCUCAAAUAAGGCUGCAACAGAUGACAAUUACAAAACUAAACAAGAACAAAAUGCAGAUAAACUAAUUAGAGGUUUAGUACCUUUUGUAGAAAUUAAAAAGGAAGUUCUUUCUGACGAAGAAGGACACGGGAAUGAAAAAGAUCACAAUAAUAAAAAAAAAAGUUCAAUAACGGUCAAGUCUUUAGAAAAUAUUAAUGAAAGCAGAAAUACUCGUGCAGAGCAUAUACCCAGUUUAUCUGUCAAUAAUCAAUCAACUAAUAAUGAUGAAUCGACUGAUACAAAUCUUUUAACUGUAAAAACUGAAGUUAUGUCAGAUGACGAAAACUCAAAUGAAAUUGUUAACGCUACUGAAGUAGUUCAUAAUAUAUCGAAUAUUGGUUUAACAGGCAACCAAACAUGUAAAAGUCCUACGCUUACACAAGCUGAAUCAAGCAAUGUUCGAAUGGUUGGUGAUACUACGAUACAAAAAUUAUCAACUAAAAACUCCAACAGUAUCGUACAAAAUAGUCCAAAAACCCAACAUACAACCAGUAGCAAUAACACAAGUAUUACAAAUAUUGCAAAUGCAAAUAUAGCAAAUAUGAACAAACGUGUCACAACGCGCGGAGUACCUUUUGGUCCAUUGCCAGCAAUGGCUAGUGCACAAAAUGGUAUUAUAAACAAUAACCUAAAUACAAAUGGCACUCCUAUAAUGAGCAUAACUAAUAAUAACUCACAGCAAUUGCAACAGGUUCAAAGAUCACAACCCCAACAUAGUACACAACAAAUUACACAAGUUCAGCAGCCACUAGUACAUUCACGUCCAUCACAACGCGCGAGAAAGAACUUUACAAAUGUAUCACCAUUAAGUCAAAGCAGUAGCGAUGAUGUGCCCUCAUGUAGUGCUCUAACACAAGUUUCUGCAAGCAUGGUCUCAAUACCAGUUGAUGUUGCAACGAGUAAUCGUAUUACAAAUAAUACGAUACAGGUGCCACCUCUAACUUCUAUGUUAACUAGUGGAGCACAUAAUUCCAAUACACCAGCACAAUUAUCAACAAUAAUAACACCACUCAUUAUGUCUGAGCCUCCUCCUCUGGCAGGACUUUCACAAUCUAUGCUAUUACCAAUAGUUUCUAUACCUGCAUCUUCUUUAUCAACAACAAGCAUGCCGUUUACAACGAUAACUACUACCGCCUUACCAACAUCAUUAACCUCAGUAGCUAACAGCAGUGGCAGCAGUCAAUUAUCUAAUGGGGAUAACCAUAUACUUGGCGAUAUCAUUUCACCCAGUAUGGCUGCGGCUAUAACGGAAACUAUAUGUAGAGGACCACCAAAAUUAAUGCAACGUCCUGAUGGCCCAUUGCGAUCGUCGGGCGAUGCUCUGUAUCCAUCACAGGCAGGUCCUGUUAGUGCCAAAAUGGUACAAAAUGCACAUAAGUUAACUGACUACUUCAUAACGGUUAUGGCUGACACAAUAAAUGAUAUGACAGCAGUUGAUGAAGCUUGCGUGCAAGCCGAAAAUACCAGACUUAGAUUAGAAAUAGAACAGCUAAAGUAUGCUCACCAACAGCAACUUACUGACAUCAAAACCACGACGGAUUUGAUGCUCCAUGAAAUGCGUAAAAGUAUGGAAAAUGAAACUGCAAGAGCUGUCAAUGAUGUACGUAAACAAUGCGAAUUGGAAAGAAAACAAGAGGUAGACGCAACGAAACGUACAGUAUGGUGUAGUAUUUGUUUACGUGAAGCUAAUUUAUAUUGUUGUUGGAAUACAGCCUAUUGUGAACAGAGAUGUCAAGAAAUACAUUGGGCUGAACAUGCGCCUAACUGUGAACAGCUUAAAAAGGCAAACGAAAAAAAUAUGAAUAUAAAUAAUAACAAUAACAACAGUAAUAAUAGCAAUAAUAAUAAUAGACUCACUCCAAAAACUGAUGUAGUAGCAGUUAAUAAUAUAAACGAUCGUAAGAAUCGAAAAGUUGGUAAUUCAUUAGUAUCAACAGGAUGUGUUAAAAAUGUAAAUAACCAUAAACAAAAUAAAAUCGGACCCAAACUACAAAAUCUUCCAACAUCUAUAACAGCAGAUUUACUAAAAUUGCCAUCUAACACACUUGUACGAGCUGUGCCCAUGAACAACAGUCAAAGAGCCUCCAAUAUGCAGAAUUCUACUCAACGUUUAAAUGGUCCAAUAUCUGGAGUUAGUUCUGUUAACCAGCCGUACACAAUACUACAUCGCACCAAUACUUGGGAUAUGAGAGCAAGCAAUUCACAUCCUAUAAUGCCAACAAAUACAUUAGCUCAAUCAUCUUUAAACAAUUCGAUGACAAAUUUACAAUAUCAACAAUCUGCUCGCAUCAGUAGCAGCACAAUGAAUAGCAAUAAAGGUAGUCCACGUAACCGGAACAUACCAAAUGUUCAACUACCAAUAUCAAUUAACCAACCCUCGCAAAUAUAAAUCAUUUAUAAAAAUGAAAAUUUUAAAUCCAUAUUUUU